CCUCUGGCAACCCCCAAUCUCCAACCUCCUCCCACCUAUUUAUCUGUUGUCUUUUCUCCCACAGAGCAUUGGCAGCUGAUUGGACCAGACAGUCCUAUCCUGGCCUUGAGUGGGGAGGACGCAGAGUUCCCCUGCUUCCUGUCCCCUGAAGUCAGUGCGGAGUCCAUGGAAGUGCAGUUCUACAGGAAAGAGCUCUCUUCUGAGAUCGUCCUCUAUAGUCAUGGGGAAGACCUACCACCAAUGCAGACACCAGAGUAUCAAAAGAGGACUGAGUUCCUGAAGGGUUCCAUUGCACAGGGGAAAGUCUCCUUGAGGCUGAAGAAUGUCACUGCCUUGGACGCUGGUGUGUAUGGGUGCCGGUUCAGCAAAGGCAUUAAUGAACAGAAGACCACCUGGGAGCUUCGGGUGUCAGUAAACGUGACCCUGGAUGCAGAAACUGCCCAUCCUGCGCUCUUCCUGUCUGAACAGAGACGUGUAACAUGGCAAGAAGAGAAGGAAGAUCUCCCUGACUCCCCACAGAGAUUUCAUUCCCUGCCCUGUGUGCUGGGUCAGCUGAGUAUCACCUCGGGGAGAUACUACUGGGAGGUAGAUAUUGGGGAUACAGCUUCCUGUGAUCUGGGAAUCUGUAGGGACAAUGUAACAAGGAAGGGGAGAGUAACAAUAUCCCCACAAAAUGGUUUCUGGGCCAUCAGGCUUUAUGAGGGGGAGUACUGGGCUCUCACUUCCCCAGAAACUCUUCUUACUCUGAGAGAGUCCCCCCACAGGGUGGGGAUAUUCCUAGAUUAUGAAGAUGGAGUUGUGUCAUUCUAUAACAUGACAGAUGGGUCCCAUAUUUUCACCUUUACCCAGAUUUUGUUCCAAGGUGCCUUAAGACCUCUUUUCAGGCUUUGGAACUCUGACUCAGGCACCUUGACCAUUGUCCACUGAAGGAGAACAGAGUGAUGUUGUAAUUCAGAAGUGUACCCUGAUCACAAAAUGAGAGUCCUAAUGUUGAUUGCAAUUCUACCUAACAAUCCAAAAAUUGCAUUUUUGUUUUUCCUUAUUUGUUAAUUGUCAAAAUGAAGCUGAGGGGCACAGAUUCUGAUUUUGCAUUAUAUUCACUUUUUUUCUCCCUUAUUAAUAGAUCUCUUGACCUGAGACAGCCUGGUUUAAAAAUUAGAUUUCCUAACUCCUCGGUUGCAUGUGACUAGA